UUCAUGGGAACAGGAAGAAAUGGAUUUUUCUGCGAAUCACGUUGAAGAAGUACAAAAUGUCCUUAAUGCUAUGCAGAAAAUCUUAGAGUGUCCAAUCUGUCUGGAGUUGAUCAAAGAGCCUGUUUCCACAAAGUGUGAUCACAUAUUUUGCAAAUUUUGUAUGCUGAAACUUCUCAACCAGAAGAAAGGGCCUUCACAGUGUCCUCUGUGUAAGAAUCAUAUAACCAAAAGAAGCCUACAAGAAAGUACAAGAUUUAGUCAGCUUGUUGAAGAGCUAUUGAAGAUCAUUCAUGCUUUUGAGCUUGACACAGGAUUGCAGAUUGCAAACAGUUAUAACUUUUCAAAAAAGGAAAGUAACUCUUCUGAGCAUCUAAAGGAGGAAGUUUCUAUCAUUCAAAGUAUGGGCUACCGAAACCGGGCCAAAAAACUUCAACAGAGUGAACCUGAAAAUCCUACCUUGCAGGAAACCAGUCUUAGUGUCCAGCUCUCUAACCUUGGAAUUGUGAGAUCUCUGAGGACAAAGCAGCAGAUACAACCUCAGAAUAAGUCCGUCUACAUUGAAUUGGGAUCUGAUUCUUCUGAAGAUACAGUUAAUAAGGCCAGUUAUUUCAGUGUAGGAGACCAUGAAUUGUUAGAAAUCACCCCUCAAGGAGCCAAGGCUGAAGCCAGUUUGAAUCGUGCAAAAAAGGCUGCUUGUGAGUUUUCUGAGAAGGACAUAACAAAGGCUGAACAUCAUCAAUUCAGUAAUAAAGAUUUGACCACCACUGAGAAGCAUGAAACUGAGAAGCAUCCAGAAAAGUAUCAGGGUAUUUUUGUUUCAAACUUGCAUGUGGAGCCAUGUGGCACAGAUACUCAUGCCAGCUCAUUACAGCAUGAAAACAGCAGUUUAUUACUCACUAAAGACAGAAUGAAUGUAGAAAAGGCUGAAUUCUGUAAUAAAAGCAAACAGCUUGUCUUAGGAAAGAGCCAUCAGAGCAGAUGGGCUGAAAGUAAGGACACAUGUAAUGAUAGGCAGACUCCCAGUACAGAGAAAAAGGUAGUUCUGAAUGCUGAUCCCCUAUAUGGGAGAAAAGAACUGAAUAAGCAGAAACCUGCCUCCUCUGACAGUCCUAGAGAUUCCCAAGAGUUUCCUUGGAUAACACUGAAUAGCAGCAUACAGAGAGUUAAUGAAUGGUUUUCCAGAAGUGACGAAAUGCUAACUUCUUACGACUCACGUGAUGGGGCAUUUGAAUCAAACACUGAAGUAGCUCGUGCAGUGGAAGUUCCAAAGGAAGUUGAUGGAUAUUUGGGUUCUUCAGAGAAAAUAGACUUAAUGACCAGUGAUCCUCAUGGUGCUUUAAUACAUGAAAGAGUCCACUCCAAACCAGUAGAGAGUAAUAUUGAAGAUAAAAUAUUUGGGAAAACCUAUCAGAGGAAGACAAGCCUCCCUAACUUGAGCCGCAUAGCUGAAGAUCUAAUUAUAGGAGCAUCUACUGUAGAACCUCAGAUAACACAAGAGCGCCCCCUCACAAAAAAACUAAGGCGUAAAAGGAGAAGUACAUCAGGCCUUCAUCCUGAGGAUUUUAUCAAGAAAGUCGAUUUGGCAGUUCUUCCAAAGACUCCUGAAAAAAUAAUUGAGGGAACUGACCAAACAGAGCAGAAUGGUCAUGGGAUAAAUAUUACUAGUAAUGGUCAUGAGACUGAAAUGAAAGGUGGUUAUGUUCAGAAAGAGAAAAACGCUAACCUAACAGAAUCAUUGGAAAAAGAAUCUGCUUUCAGAACUAAGGCUGAACCUAUAAGCAGCAGUAUAAGCAAUAUGGAACUAGAAUUGAAUAUCCAUAGUUCAAAAGCACCUAAAAAUAGGCUGAGGAGGAAGUCCUCUACCAGGAACAUUCAUGCACUUGAACUAGCAGUCAGUAGAAACCCAAGCCCACCUAAUCAUACUGAACUACAAAUUGAUAGUUGUUCUAGCAGUGAAGAGAUGAAGAAAAAACAUUCCAGCCAAAUGCCAGUCAGGCACGGCAAAAAGCUUCAAUUCAUGGGAGAUAAAGAACCUACAACUGGAGCCAAGAAGAGUGACAAGCCACACAAACAAAUAACUAAGAGACUUGCCAGUGACACUUACCCAGAACUAAAUUUAACAAACAUACCUGUUUUUUUUACUCACUGUUCUGGUUCUAAUAAACUUCAAGAGUUUGUUAAUCCUAGCCUUCAAAGAGAGGAGAGCCUAGGAACAAUUCAAGUGUCAAAUAAUACCAAAGACCCCAAAGGUCUGACAUUAAGUAGAGGAAAAGGUUUGCAAAUUGAAAGAGCUGUAGAGAGUACCAGUAUUUCCUUGGUACCUGAUACUGAUUAUGGCACUCAGGAUAGUAUCUCAUUACUGGAAGCUGACACCCUAGGGAAGGCAAAGACAGCACCAAAUCAACAUGUGAGUCUGUGUGCAGCAAUUGAAAGCCCCAAGGAACUUAUCCCUGGUUGUUCUAAAGAUAUUAGAAACGACACAGAGGACUUUCAGGAUCCACUGGGACAUGACGUUAACCACAUUCAGAAGGCGAGCAUAGAAAUGGAAGAGAGUGAACUUGAUACACAGUAUUUGCAGAAUAUGUUCAAGGUUUCAAAGCGUCAGACGUUUGCUCUGUUUUCAAAUCCAGAAAAGGAAUGUGCAUCAGUCUGUGCCCACUCUGGGUCCUUAAGGGAACAAAGCCCAAGAGUCCCUCUUGAAUGCAGACAAAAAGAAGAAAAUCAGGGAAAGAGUGAGUCUAAAAUCAAGCAUGUGCGGGCAAUUAAUACAACUGUGGACUUCCCUGUCGCUGGUCAAAAAGAUAAGAAGCUGAGCGAUCAUGCCAAACGUAGCCCAGAAAGAGUAACUAGGCUUUGUCAGUCAUCACAGUUCAGAGGCAACAAAACUGAGCUCAUUAUUGCAAAUAAACAUGGGAUUUCACACAACCCAUAUCUUAUACCAUCACUUUCUCCCAUCAGGUCAUCUGUUAAAACUAUAUGUAAGAAAAACCUGUCAGAGGAAAAGUUUGAGGAACCUGUAAUGUCACCUGAAAGAGCAAUGGAAAACGAGAGCAUCGUUCAAAGUACAGUGCGCACAAUUAGCCAAAAUAACAGUCGAGAAAGCACUUUUAAAGAAGUCAGCUCAAGCAGUAUUAAUGAAGUAGGUUCCAGUACUAAUGAAGUAGGCUCUAGUAUUAAUGAAGUAGGUUCCAGUGGUGAAAACAUUCAAGCAAAACUAGAUAGAAACAGAGGACCUAAAUUAAGUGCUUCGCUCAGAUUAGGUCUUAUGCAACCCGAAGUCUAUAAGCAAAGUCUUCCUGUAAGUAACUGUCAACUUCCUGAAAUAAAAAGGCAAGGAGAAAAUGAAGGCACACUUCAGGGUGUUAAUGAAGAUUUCUCCCCAUGUCUAAAUCCAGAUAACCUAGAACAACCUAUGGGAAGAAGCCAUGCUUCUCAGGUUUGUUCUGAGACACCUGAUGAGUUGUUAAAUGAUGACAAAAUAAAGGAAAGCAACUUUGCUGAAAGUGACAUUGAGGAAAGAUCUGCUGUUUUUAGCAAAAGUGUCCAAAAAGGAGAAUUCAGAAGGAGCCCUGGCCCUUUAGCCCAUCAUACAUCUUUGGUUCAGGGUCACGAAAGAGGGGCUGAGUCCUCAGAAGAGAAUGUGUCUAGUGAGGAUGAAGAGCUUCCUUGUUUCCAACACUUAUUUGGUAAAGUAACCAAUACACUGUCUCCAUCUACCAGACAUAAUGCUGUUGCCACAGAGGGUCUAUCUAAGGAAACAGAGGAGAACCUAAUAUCAUUGAAGAAUAGUUUAAAUGACUGUAGUGACCACAUAACAUCGGCAAAGGCAUCCCAGGAACAUCACCUUCAUGAGGAAGCGAGAUGUUCUGAUAGCUUAUUUUCUUCACGGUGCAGUGCAGUGGAAGACUUGACCGCUAAUACAAACACCCAGGAUCCUUUCUUGAUGUUUGAUCCUCUUUCCAAACAAGUGGGGCAUCAGUCUGAAAACCAGGAAGUUCUGAGUGACAAGGAAUUGGUUUCAGAUGAUGACGAAAGGGAAACUGGCUGGGAAGAGGAUAAUCACCAAGAAGAGCAGAGUGUGGAUUCAGACUUAGGUGAAGCAGCAUCCGAGUAUGAGAGUGAAACAAGCCUCUCUGAAGACUGUUUGGGGCUGUCCUCUCAGAGCGAUAUCUUAACCACUCAGCAGAGGGAUACCAUGCAAGAUAACCUGCUAAAGAUCCAGCAGGAAAUGGCCGAACUGGAAGCUGUGUUAGAGCAGCACGGGAGCCAGCCUUCUCACAGCUCCCCUUCCCUCAUAGCCGAUUCUUGUGCCUCUGAGGACCUGCUAAAUCUGGAACAAAACACAUCAGAAAAAGCAGUAUUAACUUCAGAGAAAAGUAGUGAAUAUCCUAUAAGCCAGAAUCCAGAAAGCCUUUCUGCUGACAAGUUUCAAGUAUCUCCGGAUACUUCCACCAGUAAAAAUAAAGAACCAGGAAUGGAAAGGUCUUCCCCUUCUAAAUCGCAGUUGUCAGAUAAUAGUUGGUAUAUGCACAGCCACUCAAGGAGUCUUCAGAGCAGAAACUGCCCACCUCAAAAGGAGCUUGAGGCUGUUGAUGUGGAGGAGCAACAGCUGACGGAGUCUGAGGCCCAGGAUUUAAUGGAGCAGUCUUCUUUGCCAAGACAAGAUCUAGAGGGAACCCCUUACCUAGAAUCUGGAAUCAGCCUCUUCUCUGAUGACCCUGAGUCUGAUCCCUCUGAAUACAGAGCCCCAGAGCCAGCUCAUGUCUGCAGCAUGCCACCCUCAGCCUCUGCACUGAAAUUACCCCAAUUUCAAGCAGAAGAAUCUGCCAGGAGUCCGGCUGCAGCUCAUACUACUAAUACUGCAGGGUGUAAUGUGAGGGAAGAAAGUGUGAGCAGGGAGAAGCCAGAGUUGAUACCUUCAACACAAAGAGGCAACAAAAGAAUUUCUAUGGUGGCAUCAGGCUUGACCCCAAAAGAAUUUGUGCUUGUGCACAAGUUUGCCAGAAAACAUCACAUCACUUUAACUAAUCUAAUUACUGAAGAGACUACUCAUGUCAUUAUGAAAACAGAUUGGAGAGUGAUGAGCCAGAACGAUGAAUCACUUCUCCUAGUCCACCCUGCCUGGACUACACUGUGUGAGGGCUUUCUGGGAAGGCAGAGCCCGAGUCCUGGAGGAACAAAUGGGGCAAAGAGGGGAAUGAGCAGAAAUGCUGAGUUUGUGUGUGAACGGACACUGAAAUAUUUUCUGGGAAUUGCAGGAGGAAAAUGGGUAGUUAGCUAUUUCUGGGUGACCCAGUCUAUUAAAGAAAGAAAGAUGCUGGAUGAGCAUGAUUUUGAAGUCAGAGGCGAUGUUGUCAAUGGAAGAAACCAUCAAGGCCCAAAGCGAGCAAGAGAAUCCCAGGACAGGAAGAUCUUCAAGGGCUUAGAAAUCUGUUGCUAUGGACCGUUUACCAAUAUGCCCACAGAUCAACUAGAGUGGAUGGUGCAUCUGUGUGGGGCUUCUGUGGUGAAGGAGCCCUCAUCAUUCACCCUCAGCCAGGGUACUCAACCAGUUGUGGUCGUGCAGCCAGAUGCCUGGACAGAGGGCGGUGGCUUCCAUGUCAUCGGGCAGAUGUGUGAAGCACCUGUGGUGACCCGAGAGUGGGUAUUGGACAGCGUAGCCCUCUACCAGUGCCAGGAGCUGGACACCUACCUGAUACCCCAGGUCCCCAGAGCUGCUGCUGAUUCCAGCCUGCCAUGUAUAUAGGGGAUAGGGCCCAUCUCUGCAGGACCUCAAGAAUGAGCUUAAGAAAUGACCUUUUUCCAGGCCCAGGGAAAGGCCUCUUCAGUCCUUCCACAGCCCCGAUUCCUAAAUAUUUUAUGUACAUCAGCCUGAAAAGAACUUCUGGCUCUGCAAGGGUCCCUUAAAGAUUUUCUGCUUCAAGUCUCCCUUUGAAAUCUGCCAUGAGCACAAAAUUGUGGCAACUUUUCACCUGAAAAGAAUUUAAAACCAUUUAAACCCCACCAAUUGAGCAAGAUGCUGAUUCAUUAUUUAUCAGCCUUAUUCCUCGUCCUGGGGCUGUCGGCUUCGAGCUGGAGGCAGAGUGGUUGGUCUCAGGAGAAAAGCUGGUUUCCCUAAAUUUGUUUCCCAAAACCCUUGUGUUCUUAAAGUCCAGGAGUCAGAUCCUUCAAUGGAAGGUGAGUACUUGGGGAUCUGUGCUGUGACUUAAAAUCAGAACAGUCCUUGGACAGCUCUCAAGUGUUGGAGUGGAGCAUUGGGGAGGAAAUCCAGAGGCGGUAAUGGAUAUAAUAUGAAAUUUGAGGGUUAAUUAGAGGAGAGGGGAGUCUUGCUGACCCUGAUCUCCAAAAGUCUGGGCUAUAGUUGCUGGGCUUCUAAAGAAUUUCUUAGCACUCAUGUGCUCUGAAACAGCAGAAUCUUUUCAAGAAUUCUGGUGUCCAAAGAGAAUCUUCUAAUUCCCCAUUAGUGACAAAUAAAAUGUUUAUUGUUGUAGCUCUGAUAUGUAACCCAUUCCUCUUGAAAUAUAAGAUCUCUGAUAUGAAUAUUUCAUGUCUGUAAGAUGAUGGAUCCCACCAGGAAAGGAGCUGUUUGCUUUCCUUGAGGUAAUUUUUUUCCCUUUGCUCCCUAUUGCUGAACUGUACAGAUUCAUAAAUAAUUUUGUUUGCUGAAGGAAGAGAAAGUGUUUUUCAUAAACUCAUUAUCCAGGACUGUUUAUAGCUGUUGGAAGGACUAGGUCUUCCUUAGCCCCCCAGUGUGUGCAGGCAGUAAAGACUUGAUUGUACAAAAUAUGUUUUGUAAAUGUGCUUUUCACCUGGAAAUAAACUUGGUAGCAAACA